CCCAGGAGUCCCUGCAGAGCCAGUCCGGGUGGGUGCCGCUCCUGCUAGCCCUGCUGUACGAGUACACAGCCAGCAGCUCCCGCUGGCAGCCUUAUUUCUCCCUCUGGCAGGACUUCAGGAGCCUGGAUCACCCCAUGUUCUGGUAAGCUGGAACGACGUGGGGCUGGGAGUCAUUUUCUCCACCAUCUCUGGUUCCUUAGCCCAGGAGUCCCUGCAGAGCCAGUCCGGGUGGGUGCCGCUCCUGCUAGCCCUGCUGUACGAGUACACAGCCAGCAGCUCCCGCUGGCAGCCUUAUUUCUCCCUCUGGCAGGACUUCAGGAGCCUGGAUCACCCCAUGUUCUGGCCUGAAGAAGAGCGAACGAGGCUCCUGCAGGGCACCGGCAUCCCAGAAGCUGUGGACAAGGACCUGGCUAACAUCCACCUGGAGUACAGCACCAUCAUCCGGCCUUUCAUGGAGUCCCACCCCGACAUCUUUGACCCCAAGGUGCACACGCUGGAGCUGUACAAGCAGCUGGUGGCGUUCGUCAUGGCCUACAGCUUUCAGGAACCUUUAGAAGAGGAAGAUGAAGAUGAGAAAGGGCCCAAUCCUCCCAUGAUGGUGCCUGUAGCGGAUAUUUUGAAUCACGUGGCCAACCACAACGCCAACCUGGAAUAUUCUCCUCACUGUUUGCGCAUGGUCACAACGCGGCGCGUCGGCAGGGGACAGGAGGUCUUCAACACCUACGGGCAGAUGGCCAACUGGCAGCUCCUGCACAUGUACGGCUUCGCUGAGCCCUACCCGGGCAACACCAACGACACGGCCGACGUGCAGAUGGUGACGGUGCGCAAGGCAGCGCUGCGGCGUGCCAGCAGCGAAGCGGAGCGGCGGCGUGUUGCAGAACAGUGUCAGCUGGAGAUGGUGGGGGAAGAAGGUGCCUUCGUGCUCGGCUGGGAUGAGGUGCUGACAGAGGAAGAGCUGUCCGUGACCCUGAAGGUGCUGUGCAUGUCGGAAGAAGAAUUCAAGGAGUACAAGGAACAAGACGGCUGGGAAGACGACAGCGAGGAAGAGGAAAACUCGGCCCUUUCUAACGAGGCUCUCUCUAGACUUAAAACCCCGUGCAAGAAGCUCCUUUACGACAGCGUGCUGCUGACCCUGGAGUCGUACGGGUCAGACUUGAAAGCAGAGCAGGACUUGCUGAACAACAAGGAGGCUUACGAGAAGCUGAGUCAGAGGGAGCAGCACGCUCUGCACGUGCGCUACGGACAGAAAAGGAUCUUGCAUCAGCUGCUGGAGCUGGUACAGUAG